AUGGAACAAACGUACUUUAUUUCAGGCGCCAAUCGUGGGAUUGGUUUUUCUAUGGUGCAGCAAUUGGCUGCGAAAUCUGGGGUAAAAAUAAUUGCAACCGCCAGAGACCCAACUUCGGCAACGGCUUUAAAUGAGUUGGCCAAAGCUAAUCUGCAAGUCAAGGUUGUUCAAUUGGAUGUCAGUGACGAAGAGAGUAUCAAAAAAGCUGCAAAAAAUGUUUUACAAUAUACUGACUCGAUCGAUGUGUUUGUCUCAAAUGCAGCAGUUGCAAAAUCUUUUGGCAAUCUCUUAGACACUCCAAGAGAACAGUGGGUAGAGCAUUUCCACACCAAUGUUUUAGGGUCCAUUCGCUUAUUCCAGGAAUUGUACCCUUUGAUAAAAAAAGGAACACAAAAGAAAGUAAUUUUCAUAUCUUCUGAUUGCGGCUCGUUAAACUUGGAUAUUCGUCUUAAUUUUUCAGCCUAUGGACAGUCUAAGGCUGCUCUCAACUACUCCACAAAAGAGUUGGCGAGACAGUUGGAGCCUGAAAAUUUUAUUGUGGCUGCGGUUCAUCCUGGGCAUGUAAGUACUGAUAUGGGUAAAGGCGGUGAGAAAGCAUUUCUUGCUGCUGAUGAAGCCAAUGCCAAAAAUUUCUUUACUCCAGAAUCCAAAAUCACACCCGAUGAAAGUGCCAGUGCAUUGUGCAAACUUUUCGAAAAUUUGAGUGUUACAGGCAAGUUUUUGAGCUACGAUGGAACCGAACUUCCAUGGUAA